AUGGGGAACUUGAUUGUGGCAGAUGAGGAUUCUUCUCCCUGGGAUUCUGAGGAAGAGUCACCUGUAGAGGAAGUAAAGCAGGAGAAGGGAGGCAAAAGUGAAGAGAAAAAAGCUCCAGCUGCCUGGAUUGUGAAGCACCAUGUUUGUAAUGGUGACUCUAAAGUCCCCAAGGCAGCUUCAAGAGACAUCACUGGUGAGCACUCUGGCUGUACCUCCCAGAUAUCAGCAGCAGCUGAAAAAGAAGUUAUCAAGGAUGCCAUUGAAAACUCUGUGGUGCAGGAGCAAUUGGCCCAGGUCCAGAGGGAAAACCUCUUGCUCCGCCAGCAACUGGAAGACAGGAAGAGGCAGCUCAUCCAAGAAAAUGUACUGACUGUUGCUCAGGACUGCUUUAAUGACAUUUUCAAGAAUCUCAAGGCUGAUACUGAGCAGAAAGUUUAUCUGUUGGAAGAGAAAAACAAGGAAUUAUACGAAAGCUGCAGUUUCUUAAGGAAGCAGGUCUUAAGAUGUGAGGUUGACAAAGUAGAAGCACAGUGCAAGAUCAGAGGGCUGCAACAGGAGCUUGCUGAUGCUCUGAAAAAGCUCUCCAUGGUAGAAGCUUCGCUUGAUGUCGCCACACACUACAGAAGGAACCUGGAGGAGGCCACGCUGGGCUUGAAGAAGGAAUUGCGAGGAAAUAAAUCCAAGCUGCAGGAGUUGGAAGAACAUCUUCAGCAUGAGCAUUCAAUUCGUGACCUGAAGAGUGCUCUGGAGAAUAAGGAAAGAGAAAAAAGAGAUUGUUUCCAGAGACUGGAGGACCUCCUGUUGGCAUCUUCUGGGAGUACUAUUGCAAUGAAACACCUGGAGGAACGGAUACAGUGGUAA